CGUACGCCCGCACGUCUGUCAGUCCAUCCUCACUCACUCGAUCCUCGCUUGGUCUCGUAGCCAUUCUAACGGAGGCCACAGUUCCCUGCUUCGAGUUGCACGUUUACCUCGUCCUCGUCCUCGACGUGGUAACGUACACGGCCACAGGCGUGAAGUCGAGGCCGACGUCAAUAACGUGCUUCCUCUUUUUUCUCGAUCGACGACCGAGGGAAUCGUGGUGUCGUGAUCAUUCAGAAAAUCUAUCUUCGCGGGUGGAUGUCGGCCGGCAGCAAGAACAGGAUGAUUCUGGGCAGCCUGGGAGGAAUCCUCGCUGUCCUCCUGCUCGUCGAGAUCUCGUGGACCAGGGCCAAACCUCAACAGAUCAAACCUGGGUGCAGAUACGAGGGUCGCAGAUACGAGGAGGGCACGUCUGUGGUCACGUCCGAACCCUGUUUGCAGUGCAGGUGCAACGAGGGGGCGCUCAGAUGUCGUCUUCGAGUUUGUCCACGAUUACCAAAUCCACCACCCACCGGAUGUACCGUCCGCUCCCCGGAAGAGAACGUCUGUUGCGCGGAAUUAGUUUGCAGCGAGACAGGUGAAACCGUGAGCAUGCCACGAAGAUCUAACGCUCACGUGGAGCAAGAUGAGGAGGAUGAGGAUUACCAGAAUCCUCGUUUUCGAGGUUGCCUGCACGAAGGCGUGAGAUACGGGCCAGGCUCGGCUAUGAUGGGCUCACGUAGAUGCGAGUACUGCUACUGCAUUUCUGGCGCGAGAAGAUGCAUCAGACCGAAGUGUCUCCUGCCCCUGCCGGGAUGCACCCCGCUCUACGCCCCGCACUCUUGCUGCCCUGUUGCCUACAAUUGCACCCAUCUCCAUUCGUCGACAUUGGCGCCGAUCACGGGGAAUGGAUGCCGUGUGGGAUCGAGGAUGUACGAGGAGGGCGAGAUGGUACGGGACAUCGAGUGGAAGGCCGCCUGUGACAACUGUUUCUGCGCCAUGGGCGCGAUACGCUGCGUUCCCCUCGCUUGCGCGCCUCCUCUUCAAGGCUGCAGCCCGAUCGUACGCGAGGGACACUGCUGUCCGUCCACCUACAACUGCAGCGGUAGCAUCGAGGUUAAGGCCACCCAGAACUACGCCUCGUACGCGUUCAUCAGCAAGGACUACGCCAAGUUUCGCAAGGAGACCAAUUUCUUUCCGGCAGUCGAUCAAAUAACAAAUCCUCCGGUGGAGGGACGAGGUCAUCGAGUGGUCGAGGAACGGAUCGAUUCCAGUACGAAGGAACUCGUGGAGGAAUCUUCAAUAGUGACCGAUUCCACGUCCUGGCCGUCCACUUUCGAGACAGACAUCAUGGACAAUGAGAUCCUCGAGACAGUAGACUACGUGAAAUCUAACCCAGAAAUUGCCACUACCACUCCUGCUGCUGUUGAGUCAACGACAGUUAUCGAUUCGACUACUAUGGAUUCAACUUCGUCGAUCAGGGAUGACGAUCUGAACGAUUCAUCAACGAUUUUCUCGACGAACAGUAUCGUCGAAUCGACAACGAUCACUGUGAUCGAAGAUCUGUCGUCGACGGACGACACAACGACCACUACGAUCACAACUACGACUACUGAAUUGACCACCUUGUUACCAGAAGCGAAUGCAAACGAUACAGUGACGAAAGUGCAGGAAUUGGAGGAAGAGAAGAUGCACAACGUGACUGUGAGGAACAAGAAUACGACAUCGACGACGAGCGGAGAUUUCGAGCAGGAUUUCGAGCACGCCAACUCGACGGCGGAAACGGUGGAGACCACGGAAUCGAUGGGCAAAGGGACAGCCACCAGAACAUCAUCCACCGUGUUAAUGCCAGACGAUAUCCUGGUGAUGAACGUGACUGUGAAAACGAACGUCUCGGUCAGUCAUAUACAGGGUGUGACGAUCAACCCGAUUAGGUCGAUUCCGCCGGACGUUGAGGCUAUCCUGAACAUCACUCACCGUGAAAAGGGCGAGGAUUAUGAUUACGACUACAGCGAGCCAACAUUGCCACCAUCGUUACCGAAUGUCAGGAUAAUUCCAUUCGUGGCGGCAGAUGCGCUUGUAAAAGACAAGGCAGUUCCAUCCUCGGUCACCGGAUAUCCUUCCGGUUCGGUAGUGGUUCCUCCAGAGCUACGGCCCACAGACACCUCAGGAUUUUACGAUAUCGCCACUCAGGAAAACAGAUUCAGCCCGCCUGUGGAGACUGAAGGUGGAUUCGUACCAAGAGAACCGCCCUAUUUCGACCCUUCUUACCAUUCUACCGACUUGAAUCUGGAAAUCGGAACAGGCGUCACUGUGGUUCCGGCACCAAUCACGAAUCCUCAUCGUAAAAGCGAUGCCAACAACUGUCUCUUCGAGAAUAUGGAGUACCGUCACGGAGAGAUUUUGCCGAGCAGCAGUAUCUGCGUGAUUUGCAUGUGCUACCUAGGCGAGGUGAUGUGUUCCUCGGAAAAAUGUCCGCUCCUCAAGAUCGGAUGUAGGAGGAUCAACACCGACGAGACGUGUUGCGGAAAAAUCGUCUGCGUGGAGGCAGACGAAUCACCGACGGUAGUGUUAGACCGAGCAGAUGCUACAGCACCUUCACUUCAUCAGCCAAUAGUAUCACCAGAUCCGUUUCGCGAUGUGAUUAAGACCGAACCAGCUCCUGAUCUGCCAUCUCUGAUUGGAGAAAUGAAGCCUCUGCAACCUAAUUUCGAUUUCAUAAAUAAAUUUCCUCUUCUGCGUCCACCUUACAGACCGGAAGAAGAUCCAAACAGAUUGAUCUCCAAAAAUAAAUACAAUUUAAGUCCAGAAGGUCUCGUACAACAAGAGAUUUCAUCAAAUUACAAUCUUAAAGAAGCUGAUCAGACUUUGAAUCACAUUUCUGAGACAAUUCCUCAAAGAAUUGGCUCUCUGAUGAUAGAUCACACUAUCAAGAAACAAGAAAAUGAUACGCUUCCCUGUAUGAAUGCAACAAAGUCUACUUUUGUCAAAUCGAAUGUUUCCAAAAUUGAUGAUAUUAACAUUUCAACCGAUGCUAAACUUGGAGAAAUAUCUGUAAAAGUGAACGAUUCUAAAUUUUAUUCUACUACCAGCAGAUCUUCUGAAUCUGAUCUAGAUCUGGAGGAUCCUAACGAUCACAAUAGCAAGGAUACAAAGGCAAAAGAAAUAUCGACGACUAGUAGGUCGACUACCAUUAUCAAUCAGAAACCAGAAGAGGAAAAGAAGUCUUCCAAGGCCAGUGAAAAGAUGGAAGAUUUCACAGAGAGUGUAACGAAAAUUAUAGAGAACGAGAUUCCAAUGUCGGUGACGAGUCUGUUGAAACUGGCUGGAUGUAAUAUCUAUGGAAGAAUGUACCGUGUUGGGAGGAUCAUCACCGAGCUGUCUGGACCUUGUUUGGAGUGCAGGUGCACGGAGAUUGGGGUGCAGUGUAAGCAGCUCAAGUGUUGAUCGAGGUUGCCCGUGCUCGGGCAACCUGUUUUCCUUGCAAUUAGGUUCGUUCGAGUUAAUAGAUUCACUGAUGCUCGAUGCGUUUCCGGAGGAAAAUCUUGAGAUAAUUGAUUGACGAUCUCUAACGAUUUAGAAUUGAAUGGAUCCUUAGGUAGAGUGCUGAUAUAUUGUAUUAUAAUUCUAAUGUGUUGAUUAAUACUUUGAAAGAAUUUUGGAAUUGGAAGAAAUAAAAUUGGAAGAAGGUAAGUGAAAUAAUAAGUUUGGAAUAAUCUUUUAUGAUUAUUGUGUUGAAAUGGUAAAUUAUGUAAGUGUCGGAUAAAAAAAAAGAUUUUCAGUAAACAGGAAAUUAUUAAAGGAAUUAAA